UGUAUUCAGUUUGUUUGGAUAUUUUUUCCCAUUUAUUUUAGAAAUAAUAUGGAAACUGUUGGUUUGGAAAAGCAUGAGCUUCCCCCAACGAAUCAAAAGCGGAUGGUAGCCUUCAUCAAUCACUUUGUACUGAGUACCGUAAAUUUCCUCAACAAAUUCGCCACAGAUUGCGAGACCAAAUUUGUCCGAUAUGAACAUAAAAUACAAAGCUUGGAAGCAUCCCUGUCGAUCGUGGAGGCAAAAUUGGCUUCGAUAGAUGCAUUGCGGAAUGGAUCCGACAUUGCAGGGAAUCAACAACCGGAAGUCGCAAUCAAGCCGGAAGGUAAUAGCCCGGAAGAGGAUUCCAAAUCGGAAAUCAAUCAAACCGUAGAAGAAUCAUCAAAAGAGGAGGUAAUUGAAAGGGAUCCACAGUACGAAAGGUAUUUCAAAAUGCUUCAAGUUGGAGUUCCCAUGCCGGCUGUGAAGAAUAAGAUCAAAGUCGAAGGUUUGGAUCCUGAUUAUAUCGAUGCCUUUUUGUGAUAUUCUGUUUGCAUUUAAGACUGUUACAUUUUACGAAAA